AAACCUUUCUAUCAAUCCUCAAAGGAUGAUUCCUCCGAUUCAAACAGCUCAAGAACCGAAUCCAACAGCUCGAAGCACAACGUGAAUCCAUGAGCGAGCGUCGAAGGACGCGAGAGCUCAGAGAGUUCAUUCAAAAGGUUGAGUCCUCUGAUGAGGACUCACCUACUCGUGAAGAAAGUACAGAGACUCAGAAUCACAUGACUUAUUGUUUGGUUUCGAGCAAGCAAAUGGUUGGCUUAUUUCUCUCGGUCUGGGUCAGGACUGAGCUAGUUCAACAUGUUGGCCACGUCAGGGUUUCUUCUUUAGGGACAGGAAUCAUGGGUUGUUUAGGGAACAAGGGUUGUAUAGCGAUGAGUAUGUCGUUAUAUCGAUCUACAUUUUGCUUUGUUUGUAGUCAUCUGGCUUCGGGAGAGAAGGAGGGGGACGAGCUGAAAAGAAAUUCAGAUGUUUCUGAGAUCAUGAAGAGUAUUCAGUUUCCUAGAAUAUGCAAGGCUCCCAUUCGACGGAUUCCUGAAAGGAUUCUUGAUCAUGAUCGGAUAAUUUGGCUGGGAGAUUUGAACUACCGGGUUUCAUUGAGCUAUGCUGAAACAAAAACAUUGUUGGAGGAUAAUGACUGGGAUUCCCUCCUAGAGAGGGAUCAGUUAAUUCUCGAGAAAGAAGCAGGAAGAGUAUUCAAAGGAUGGAAAGAGGGGAAAAUCCUCUUUGCUCCUACGUACAAAUACACACAAAACUCUGAUGCAUAUGCUGGAGAAACCAUCAAGUCUAAAAAGAAACGUCGAACCCCUGCAUGGUGUGAUCGCAUAUUAUGGUUCGGUGAAGGGAUAGAGCAGGUGCAGUAUAUCCGAGGGGAAUCGAGAUUCUCAGACCAUAGGCCAGUUUGUGCAGUGUUCAUUGCUCAAGCGGAGACUGGCGACAAAAAUUUAAUUCGAAAGGGGUAUUCUGGGUACUCCGCCGUGACUGAAAGAGUGCCUUUCGAAGAUGUAAUACCUCAAAGACACAGCUUCUAUGAGUUCUAGAGAGAGAGAGAGAGUUAAUUACAAGAGUGUGGAUUGUUCAGGAUGAGAAAAAAAUGUACAUAAACUGUUACAUUUGGUACUUAUUGGAGACCUGAGAUGUACAUGUAUGUAGUCAACAGAUACAAUAUUCUUGUCAGGUAAACACAAGGUGAGGGUACAAAUAUAUAUUAUG